AUGUCGGGAGCCCCUCCUCCCCCUAAUUCCGCCGCCGGCGGUCCGCCUCCCGCGCAGUAUGCAGGUCAACAGCCUCAGCAUGCUCCCGCCGGCGCCGGGCCGUCGACCGCACCGUCGGGCGGCGGUGGCGGCGGCGGCGGCGGCACGACUGCCACUUCGCAGUCGGAUCUGAACAAGAUUUUGGGAUCCUUGCGCAGUGAUCCGUCAGUCCUUAUGCCUGAUCCUUUGCACCUACCUGAGAAUGAUGCCGAAGCGAGUAUCUCUUUCAUGUCUGCUGCUUUGGCCCUAGUGGAAGUACACAUUAAUCUUGCGGCCCAAGGUUGA